UUGUGAUGUCAUCAUGGGGUAUUGUGAUGUCAUUACGGGGUAUUGUGAUGUCAUUACGGGGUAUUGUGAUGUCAUUACGGGGUAUUAUGUAUAGAUGGGUGAGAAAAAAAAAACACGAUACAUUUAAUCCAUUUUGGAUUCAGGCUGAAACAACAAAAUGUGCAACAGGUCAAAGUGGUAUAAAUACUUUGACGGGACUGUAUGAAUGUAGAUCAUGUGGAACAGGUCAAAGUGGAAUAAAUACUUUGAUGGGACUGUAUGAAUGUAGAUCAUGUGGAACAGGUCAAAGUGGUAUAAAUACUUUGAUGGGACUGUAUGAAUGUAGAUCAUGUGGAACAGGUCAAAGUGGAAUAAAUACUUUGACGGGACUGUAUGAAUGUAGAUCAUGUGGAACAGGUCAAAGUGGUAUAAAUACUUUGAUGGGACUGUAUGAAUGUAGAUCAUGUGGAACAGGUCAAAGUGGUAUAAAUACUUUGAUGGGACUGUAUGAAUGUAGAUCAUGUGGAACAGGUCAAAGUGGUAUAAAUACUUUGACGGGACUGUAUGAAUGUAGAUCAUGUGGAACAGGUCAAAGUGGUAUAAAUACUUUGACGGGACUGUAUGAAUGUAGAUCAUGUGGAACAGGUCAAAGUGGUAUAAAUACUUUGAUGGGACUGUAUGAAUGUAGAUCAUGUGGAACAGGUCAAAGUGGAAUAAAUACUUUGACGGGACUGUAUGAAUGUAGAUCAUGUGGAACAGGUCAAAGUGGAAUAAAUACUUUGAUGGGACUGUAUGAAUGUAGAUCAUGUGGAACAGGUCAAAGUGGAAUAAAUACUUUGAUGGGACUGUAUGAAUGUAGAUCAUGUGGAACAGGUCAAAGUGGUAUAAAUACUUUGACGGGACUGUAUGAAUGUAGAUCAUGUGGAACAGGUCAAAGUGGUAUAAAUACUUUGAUGGGACUGUAUGAAUGUAGAUAAUAGAAAGCGUUGCUGAACAUUAUGUUUUCCAAUGUUUUAUAAUAAUAGAAAAUAACAUUAAUCUCAGAAGUAAAACUCAAUAGAAAACAGCACUGAUGGUGAUAGAAAUAUAGAUGUUUUCUAACAAAAAUGACAUUACGUCUGCUAAAUGACGCAAAUAUAAAAAGGUACAACUCCAUAGAAAGGACUGGUUAUGAUUCAUAUAGAUUUGUAUGUUUUUGUAUUGGAAAAAAAAAACAUUCCACCCAGUAGUAAAAUUCAAUGUUUAUUGGCCACACAUCAAAACAGUAUUUCUUUUUUCAUUUCAAGAGGGAAUGUAUAAGGUAUAGACUAUGAAAGUGCAAAUAGUAUUUCAAGGAUUAGUUGCUUUAUAAUAAAAAUGUAAUGGCUUCCGAACAACAUUUGCCUUUUUUAAAAAUUGUAUAUAUAUUUUUAAAAAGUAAAAUGCCAAGAAAAUCCAAAUUCAAAUGUAAUUUCAUGUUUUACUCAUUUCAUUUCAUGCACAGCUGAAACUGUUACAUCAAGGACAAAUCAAUGUACAUGACUGAUGUCCCACAAGUUCACCAGCUCCGUGUACGGCACUCACAGCUUGACGUCUGCAAGACACGUUUCAAUGCAAUACGUUUCUUCAGCGGUUGUUUCAAUAGUCACUUUACAAUGACUCCCUAUACAAAUCACACUAGGUUUGGCUAAAGAUCAAUGACUUCCUAUACAAAUCACACUAGGUUUGGCUAAAGAUCAAUGACUUCCUAUACAAAUCACACUAGGUUUGGCUAAAGAUCAAUGACUC